UUACUUCAGACUGGACUGUGAUAAUGACGUGAAAUUCACUUUUACACAAGCUGGUGUAGAUAUUUCACUCAUAGAUGAUCCUCCCUCUCCGACUCUGACUCCAUCCACACUGAAGGUGGAGGAGGGAACCUCAGUGAGUCUGACGUGCUCUGCUCCAGCUCCAUGUUGGUCUCAUCCUCCAGCUCUGACAUGGAGCCCUAACCUGGGUCAGAGUCAGGAGACACUGCAGGAGAAUCAGGACAAAACUAAAGUCAAGACUUCUGUUAUGAAUUUCACUGCUUCUCACCUCCAUCACGGAAAUAAAAUCUCCUGCACUGCUGCCUACAAGAACAAUCGUGGUAGCCCUGAUGUUACUGCUGAAACAAGUUUAGCUGCUAAUAUUUCAUAUUCACCCAAAGAUGUACAAAUUUCAGUCAGUCCCUCUUGUCCAGUACCAGAGAACAGCAAUGUGACUCUGACCUGCAGCAGUAAUGCCAACCCAGCAGUAGAAAACUACACCUGGUACAGAGCUGAUGGAGACCAGGAGACUUUUAUUGGGACAGGAACCAGCUUAAAUAUUAAAGUCUCCAGAGACAUAAGAAGAUUUUUCUGCAAGGCUGAAAAUGAGAUCGGAGUUGGACGUUCUAACCUGACUCACCUUGAUGUUCAGUAUUGUGAAACACAUUGUGGAUUUUACAGUGGAGUCCUUCCUUGGGUCCUUGCUGGUGUGUUUUUCAGUAUCAGUGUGAUCUGUGCAGCUUUCCUUUGUAAAGUACGAAAGAAUGUGAAGCCACAAGAAGAGGACAGAACUUACAUGUCACUGAAUCGUAGAAAUGUCAGCUCUUCAGAGUAUGAUGUCAUUAACACAGCUCCAAAGUGACCUUCACUGAUUCUUCAGGAUCUAUCUAAUUUUGUUUUACUUUGUGUUUCUAAAUAAAUAAUUCUCAGUCACACUUCUCUUUAUUAAAUGCAUUUAAUAGCCACUGAGCGCUUAUAUAUCAGUUUUCAUCAAAGGGUGCUGGACCUGCUCAAUUUAGUGGGAUUGAGCAAAUUCAGUAGAAAACGCUUCCUAAAGCGUUGAUACUGACUAUAAUCCUGUUUGUUGAUAAUGUAAAUUUAUAUUAAACAUCACAGGUUAUAGUUUUUUUCUUUGUUUUUUGAUAAUAUGUUCAUUUUGCAUUUAAUGUGAAAAAGCUGGGGCAGGGACAUGUUUAUCAGUAGGUUACAUAAGCUUUUAACAGCACUGUUUAGAAAAUAGAGACAUUAAUGAUCUACACAGCUGCUCUUUUCUACGUUUAAGAGAAAGACCUUGAAUAGUUGAGCUGCCUUGUGAGACCUGCCACAUAUUAGUGUCCUGUACAUUUGCCCUGUUAUCAGUAUUUAUGUUUCUCACACAUGAUUGCCUGAUUAUUUCCUCCUCAACCAAGUUUAUUGCACUAAAUGUUUAGAGUAAGAUAUCUUGUCACCUGAAUGCCAUUCAUGCACAGCUGAACCUUGUACCACCAAUAUUACCACAACAAAUGAAUAAAUUGAACUGCUCAACAGUUUUUAUUUUAUACCAUGUUAAAUGUUUUCCAUGGGUAACCAUGUAUAGUAGUAUGUUUAGUAAAUGUAUUAUUAAUUAUAUAUAUUGACAGAGUAAAAGAGGAAA